AUGAUGCUGGCCGAUAUGGGCGCAGAAAUUAUCCGCGUUGAUCGGGCCCAGGCAGUAGGCAGCGCAGCUAACGCAACGGACAUUCUGGCCCGUGGUCGCAAGAGUAUUGCCGUUGACCUGAAAAGUGCGGAAGGUGUUGAAACGGUUCUGAAGCUGAUUGAAAGUGCGGAUGUUCUGGUUGAAGGUUUUCGCCCCGGUGUCACAGAACGGCUGGGACUGGGACCUGAUGUGGCGUUGGCACGCAACCCCAAGCUGGUUUACGGCCGCAUGACCGGUUGGGGCCAGACGGGCACGAUGGCGCCAGUCGCCGGACAUGACAUUAAUUAUAUUUCGCUGUCGGGCGCGCUGCACGCGAUUGGCGAACCGGGUGGUGCGCCGGUGCCUCCAUUGAAUCUGGUGGGUGACUUUGGCGGCGGCGGUAUGCUGCUGGCUUUUGGUAUCGCGGCUGCGCUCUUCGAAACUCAGAAGUCUGGUGCAGGGCAGGUCAUCGACGCCGCCAUGACAGAUGGCUCGGCGUUGUUGAUGAACGCGGUCUUCGGUUUGAUGAACAGUGGCCGGUGGAGCCAGAACAGAGGAGAAAACCUGCUGGAUGGUGGCGCACACUUCUAUGGCACCUACCAGUGCGCGGAUGGCAAAUGGAUAUCUAUUGGCUCCAUUGAACCGCAGUUUUACCAGCUGUUACUUGAAAAAACCGGUCUCAUCAAUGACGCGAGUCUGCCGAAACAGAUGGAUCGUGAAAAAUGGCCGUUGCUAAAAGAAAAGCUGGUGACGGUGUUUGCCAGCAAGUCACGGGAUGCCUGGGAUGAGAUCAUGCUCGGCACGGAUAUCUGUUAUGCGCCGGUGCUGAAUUUUGAUGAAGCCACUGCGCAUCCGCAUAAUGUCGCGCGACAGACCUUUGUCGAGUCGCAUGGAGUGACCCAGGCAGCACCAGCGCCACGUUUUUCACGCACAGCGCCUGAGCUGCCGGGGCCCGGUGUCGCGCCGGGUAGCCACACUAACGAGAUUCUGGCGGCGCUGGGAAUGAGCGAGGCUGAUAUCAGUGCGCUACUUGCAAGUGGCGCAGUUGCCUAA